AUGCCCUCACCUGGACGACAUUUUAAAGAAAUUUCUAUGCCAAUUGUAUUUCUUCCCACAAAUUAUAACUAUACAUCGGUAUAUCGUAAUUAUACGCAGACCUAUAAGGAUAAGUAUGGAGAUGUUCGUGUUAUUUCUAAAUCAACUUUUACUAAUAUUUGGAAAGCUUUAAUGCCUUCGUUUCAAUUUAUGUCUUCGAAGUCUGAUUUGUGUGAAACUUGUGAGAUGAUGAAAAUGGAUAUCCAAUACGCUACACAACAUAAAAAAAAAUUAGAACUUACAAAAGAUUAUUUGGCUCAUUUAAAUCAUGCACAAGAAGAACAUGAUUACUAUAAUAAAAAUAUUACCACUGCAAUUGAAGAUGGCAAACACAAUCCAAAUGGAGUCGAAUCUCAACAAGUAGGGUCAUUAUACUUUAAAAGUCCUCGAAAGGCACAUUUAUUUGGUGUUUGUAAUACCGGUAAUUUUCCUAAUAUACAACAAAUCAAUUAUGUAAUCGAUGAAGCUGAAAUUCCUGAUGAUGGUAAACAAGGAAAAGGCAUAAAUUGUAUUCUAAGCUUGUGUUAUUUGAGUGGUGAAGGUUAUCAAUAUUAUAAUUUCAAAGCCUAUUUUCAAACAUUCAAAAAGUUACCUAAUAUUCAAAAGUAUUAUCAUUUUUACUUUACUUCACAAUACCUAGAGAUCGUUUCUUACAAAAAUAAUCUUGAAGAAAGCUACAAAACUUUUACAAUGCGAUCUUUUUUUUUUGAUGCCAAUAAUUUACCCUCUACACUUAACGUUAAGCCACUUACUUUUAAACAGCAAGAAGAAUUGUAUAAAGAAAUUGCACCCCAUGUUGAUUUACCUUUUCGUGAUAUUACUUGUUUAAAACCGGAAGCAAAAUUGGAAGAAAGAUAA